GGGGUCCCGGCCCGGAGCGGGGGGGGGGCCCGGAGCGGGGUCCCGGCCUGGACUGGGGGGUCCCGGCCUGGAUCGGGGGUCCCGGCUUGGACUGAGGGGUCCCGGCCCAGACUGGGGGGUCCCGGCAGGGAUUGAGGCGUCCCGGCCCAGACUGGGGGGUCCCGGCUUGGACUGAGGGGUCCCGGCCCGGACUGGAGGGUCCCGGCCUGGAUUGGGGGUCCCGGCUUGGAUUGGGGUGGUUCCCGUGGGUGCAGCCCUUGGAGGGCAGCGCAGGAUUUUGGGGUCCCCCGGGUGCAGCCCUUGGGGUCGGUCUGUAGAACUCGGCCCCCCCCCCCGGCAGUGGUUUGGGGGUUUGGGGGUCCCCCCGAGGUGUCCCUUUGAGGCGCUCCAAGGGCGGGGGUGCAGCCUCGGGGGUGUCCCUGGGUUUUGGGGUUCAUUCGCCUGCGAUAGCGGGGUUUGUGGGUCCCCAAAUCAGUCACUGCAAGAGAAGGUCCUGAAGAGGCUUGGGGGGCUUUGGUAGCCCCAGAAGUCAGGGGGAGGUGUUGGGGUGCCCCGAGGAGCCCCUGGGUUGGGGGUGACUCUGAGGAACCCCAUUUUUUGGGGUGACACUGAAGACAUUGUUUUGGGGUGACCCUGAGGCCCAGCGGUUUGGGGGUGACCCCAAGGCCCCCUGUUUUUGGGGGGACCCCUGCAAGCCCCUUUUUGGGGUGACCCCAAGGACCCGCGUGUUUGGGGGUACCCCAAAUCCCCACUUUUGCCGUGUUCCCAAGACACCCCCACCUCCGAGUAGCCCCCGACUCCCCCAUUUUUGGGGUGUCCCAAAGACCCCCCGGUUUUGGAGUGACCCCCUUUGCUGGGGGGUGACGCUGAGGACCCCCCGUUUUUGGGGGUGAGCCGGGAGCCGUUUUUGGGGUGCCCCGGGGCCAUGGCGUGGGCGCUGAAGCUGCCGCUGGCGGACGAGGUGAUCGAGUCGGGGCUGGUGCAGGAUUUCGACGCCAGCCUCUCGGGCAUCGGGCAGGAGCUCGGCGCCGGCGCCUACAGCAUGAGCGACGUCCUGGCUCUGCCCAUCUUCAAGCAGGAGGAGUCCAGCUUGCCCCCGGAGAACCAGGACAAGCUGCUGCCCUUCCAGUACGUGCUGUGCGCCGCCACCUCCCCCGCCGUCAAGCUGCACGACGAGACCCUCACCUACCUCAACCAAGGUCAAUCCUACGAGAUCCGGAUGUUGGACAACAGGAAACUCGGGGAGCUGCCCGAGAUCAACGGGAAGCUGGUCAAGAGCAUCUUCCGGGUGGUUUUCCACGACCGGCGGCUGCAGUACACGGAGCACCAGCAGCUGGAGGGCUGGAGGUGGAACAGACCUGGCGACAGGAUCCUGGACAUAGAUAUCCCGAUGUCCGUGGGGAUCAUCGACCCCCGCGCGAACCCGACACAGCUCAACACCGUGGAAUUCCUGUGGGAUCCCUCCAAGAGGACGUCAGUCUUCAUCCAGGUGCACUGCAUCAGCACGGAGUUCACGCUGCGCAAGCACGGCGGGGAGAAGGGCGUUCCCUUCCGCGUGCAGAUCGACACCUUCAGGGAGAACGAGAGCGGGGAGUACACGGAGCACCUGCACUCCGCCAGCUGCCAGAUCAAGGUGUUCAAGCCCAAAGGAGCCGACCGGAAGCAGAAGACGGAUCGGGAGAAGAUGGAGAAGCGAACGCCCCACGAGAAGGAGAAGUACCAGCCCUCCUACGAGACCACCAUCCUCACCGAGUGCUCGCCCUGGCCCGAGGUCACCUACGUGCCCAACGCGCCGUCCCCCGGCUUCAACAGCUCCCACAGCAGCUUCUCCAUCGGGGACGGCAGUGGGUCCCCGAGCCACCAGCCCGACCCCCCCGCGCCCCUGGCUGACACGCUGCUGCCCACCUGGACCCCGCAGGAGGCGCAGCAGUGGCUGCACCGCAACCGCUUCUCCACCUUCUCACGGCUCUUCAGGAACUUCUCAGGAGCAGAUCUGCUGAAGCUGACGCGGGAGGAUGUGAUCCAGAUCUGCGGCCCCGCCGACGGCAUCCGGCUCUUCAACGCCCUCAAGGGCAGGAUGGUGCGGCCCCGCCUGACCAUCUACGUGUGCCAGGAGUCCCAGCAGGUGAGGGACCCCCAGCACGAGCACGAGGACGGCGACGGCGGCAGCGGCACCUUCUUUGUUUACCACGCCGUUUACCUGGAGGAGCUGAGGGCGGCCGAGCUGGCCGAGAAGCUGGCACAGCUGUUCCGGGUGCCCGCCCAGCACAUCCAGCACAUCUACAAGCAGGGGCCCACGGGCAUCCACGUGCUGGUCAGCGACCAGAUGAUCCAGAACUUCCAGGAUGAAUCCUGCUUCGUCCUGGACACCAUGAAAGCCGAAACCAACGACAGCUACCACAUCAUCCUGAAAUAGGGGCCAGGUGAGGGGCAGGUGAGGAGCACCUGCAGCCUCUCAGCACACCUGGAGACCCUCCACUCCCAGCACGAGGACACAAGCAGAGAUCUGGGCACCCCCAGGUGUUGUUACCUGGCCACCCCCCCCUCGCAGGGAACACCUGGCAACCCUCUGGAGAGCCCCCAGGUGUGGUCACCUGGCAGCCCUUGCCACAGGUGACUCCUGGCAUGGACAGGAUGCUCCAUUGCUGGAGCUCUGAGGCACCAGGUGUUCACCCACCUGGGACAGGUGUUGCCUCCAGGUGUGUGCAGGUGCGACGUGAUCUCAUAAGGUCAUCAAGAAUUCCAGAUCCAGAUUUAAUUAUGGAAAAUUGGAGGAUAAAGGAAUAACUCGGGGUGGGGGGAGGGGAGGGGAGGGGACAUUGCUGCGUGUUUUGGGGAGAAAAGCAAAGAUUUGGCUAUUUCUGCUGAAUAUGUGACGUGAUUGAAGCGGCUCCGGGCAGGUGUCCAGGUGAGGAAUCUGCCCAGGUGUGGGAGGUUGAUCCCCAGAUCCCUCAGACUUGGGUGCUCCAGGUAAUACCAGCCUCAGCCCAUCAGGUGUUUCAGGAAAAAAAAAAAAAAAAAAAAAAAAAACCAAA